ACUUCUAAUUUACUGUUAUAUAUCUUCUUGGAAAUUUAUUUGUAACUUGGUAACCAAUAAUUUAUUGUAUCUCCAUGGUAACUUUUUAUAAGACUGAUCUUACCUACAAAAAUAAUUUUAAUUCUGCCAUCUAACGAUAUUUAUACGAAACAACAUUAUGCCGGUAAGACUAAGCACGAUGGCAGGUAUAUCCGUUUCCAAUACAUGCGAUGUUAUGCAAACUGAAAUGGCAAAAUUGAUUUGUCUAUUAUUUUGUUAACGAAAUCUUGGAAUAUAAUUUCAGAUUAAUUAAAAUGUAGUUCUUAAAGUUCAGCAUUUUUUCAAUUAUUCCUAUUUUUUGGCUAUUGUUUAUCUUUUAGACACGUGAAGAUAUUCGUACGAUUAUUGCAAUGAUGGAGAGUAAUAAUCAAGGACAAAUGUUUGAUAAUGAAAGAUUAAGCGGCAUACACGCGAACGAGAGUGAUAGCAGUUUAACAGAGAAGGUUUUGUCCGUAAGAAGUGAGGAAAGCAUUUUGUAUGAAGCGUCAAAACAAAUUGAAAAUCUUGUAAAGUCGAAUAUAAAAACAAAAAAGAAUGCAAAAGAAAUAAACAAUUAUAAUAAAACUGAUACUAUAGAUUGUUCAGAACAAACAGAAUUGAAAAAACAAGUUCAAACUGGAGAGAUUACGCCGUUUCAGGCAAUUGAAAAACAGUCUGAUUUGUUUAAAAUUAAGGGAACAUUUAAUAAAACUUCACAUUUACUUGAUCUUGAAAAGUACCUUCAACAACAGGCUGAAUUUGCCAAACAAAAGAAACAGUUGAAAAAAAAUUCAAAGGUAUCUGAGCAUAAAAAUCAUCAUGUAACAUCAAUUAAAAAAUUAAAAUUUUCAAAUACUAGCUCUAAAGAACUUAAAAUAACAAAAAUCAAAGCUAGUAAAAGAAAAUUGGUUCCUGAAUUUGAUCAAUCAAAAAAUUUAAAUAAAAAGAAUGAUAUCAAUUAUGAAACAAAAAAUAGAAAAUCUGAUCAAGUUGAGAGUUCUAUCAAAGAGACCGAACAUUCCAGAAAUGAAUUAGUUUUCUGUAAUACUUCCAAAGAUAAUGUUAAAGAAACAUUGACUAAAAAUGCAACAAACAUUAAAGUUAUAGAUACAACCAGUGAUUCUGAAAGUGAAUAUGUACCAAGUGAUGAACAAAUUGAGUCAGUUUUGGAUGAUGGAAAUGAAACAAUGUAUAAAGAAAGGGUGCAGAAAAGUGGUUAUCCAAAGGAUGAGCCAUUACACAAAAUAGAUAAUUUAUUUAAAGUUCCACAAUGUAUAUGGAAAAAAUUAUAUAAGUACGAAUAAUCAUGAAUAAUUUUUAUNNGAAUUGCAUCUUCGUGGUUUAGGUGGACUACUAGGUGAUGAAAUGGGAUUGGGGAAAACUGUCCAAGUAAUUGCAUUUCUUGCAGGUUUAGACUGUAGUGAAUUACUAUCCGAUGGUGGAAGGUUUAGAGGUUUAGGACCAACUGUAGUUGUUUGUCCAGCUACUCUAAUGGAGCAGUGGGUAAAGCAUUUCCACGAAUGGUGGCCUAUUUUAAGAGUAGUUGUUCUACAUCAAUGUGGAACUUAUAACGGUAAUUUAGAGUAUUUGAUGCACUCUCUAAAAUCUGGUGGUGUAUUAAUUACUUCUUAUUCUGGUAUGCUCAUACAUAAAGACUUACUUGUAGCCAGUCAGUGGCAUUAUGUCAUACUCGAUGAAGGUCACAAAAUAAGGAAUCCACAGGCAAAGAUUAGCAAAGCAGUAAAACAAUUCUCUACACCACACCGACUUUUGUUAACUGGUAGUCCCAUGCAAAACUCUUUAAAAGAACUAUGGUCCCUCUUUGACUUUAUUUUACCUGGGAAGUUAGGCACUUUACCUGCAUUUUUAGAGCAUUGCGCAACUCCUAUAACUCGCGGAGGAUAUACGAAUGCUUCCCCUCUACAAGAAGCCAUCGCGCUUCAAGUUGCUACAAUGCUCAGAGAUGCUAUUACGCCGUAUAUGCUCCGAAGAACAAAAAAUGAUGUACAACAUCAUCUUAGUCUACCAGAAAAGAAUGAACAGAUAUUAUUUUGCAGUUUAACGGAAGAACAAAAAAAAUUAUACAAAGAAUAUUUACGCUCUGCAGAUGUUAGUUUCAUUUUGCAUGAAAAAAAUCAUUCAGAAAGUGGAAGAUACAGAGCUCGGCUUCUUAUAGCAUUAUCAGCUCUCAGGAAAAUAUGUAACCAUCCUGAUUUGUUUCUUUAUACGAGUCCAGUUGAUUCAGACGAAGACAUUGAUAUAUCAAAUGAAACACUGGAGAAAUUUGGAUAUUGGAAACGCUCCGGCAAAAUGAUCGUGGUUCGAUCUCUUCUCAAAAUUUGGAAGAAACAAGGACACAGAGUACUACUUUUUACUCAAGGAAGACAAAUGAUGCAUGUUUUAGAAUCUUUAGUACAAAGCGAAGAAUACUCUUAUUUAAGAAUGGAUGGAAUUACUUCUAUGUCACAACGACAAGAAACAAUUCGCUUGUUUAAUAAGGAUCCAUCAUAUUUUGUUUUUUUAUUAACUACGCGUGUUGGAGGUUUGGGAGUUAAUUUGACUGGAGCAAAUCGAGUAGUUAUCUAUGAUCCGGAUUGGAAUCCGGCAAUUGAUGCUCAAGCAAGAGCUCGUGCAUGGAGAAUUGGACAAAAUAAAAAAGUCACUAUUUAUAGACUUAUCACUGCUGGUACUAUUGAAGAAAAGAUAUAUCACAGACAAAUCUUUAAAAUACUUCUUGCAAAUAAAGUUUUAGAAGAUCCACGUCAACGUAGAUUAUUUAGAACUUCUGAUUUAGUUGAACUUUUUAAUUUUAAUGAAUCCAUUGAUAAUUCUAAUGAAAUCGAUCAACUAUUCCAAGAAUCUAAAUUAGUCGCAUCGUCUGUCACAUUUUCAACUAAUAAAAUUGAAAAAAUGCGGAAACUAGCAGCUACGCUUAGUAAAAAUAUAAGUCAGAACAGCUCAAACUCUACACCUAUAGUACAAAUAGUGAAUGCUUCAGAAAGUCAUUGUUUUUCAAAUUGCCAUAAUAACAAUAUCGACCAAGAUAUUUUAAAAGACAAUAAUCAAAUAUAUACAGAUAAUAUAACUGAAGAAAUUAUUAAAAAUGACAGUAAUUUUCAUAAAAGAAAUGAAGAUACACUUUCUUCUGAAAGUAAAGAUUACAUAUUAACAAAUAAAUUAAGUUCUAAUACUAAAAUAGAUGAAACUUCAAAUGAAGCUAUCAUACAACAUUUACCUAGUGAUUCUAAUAUAUCUGAAGCUUUAAGUAAAAGUAACGAAACAGUUUCGUACAAUACGAAUGAAGAUACGUCGUCAAAAAUAAAUAAAACACAUUCCAGAAGAAGAAAAAAAAAAAGUUUACGAUCAGAAGAACAUAUUACCUCGGCUAUUUUUGAAGGCCAACGUGUCUCACAUUUAAUUGGACGACGUCUUGAACGUUCCUCAACAGAACCUGAAUUAAUUGAAGAUGAUCAGUACGUCCUAAAGAAGUUAUUCGCCAAAGCAAAUGUAACUUCUGCUUUUCAACACGAAGCAGUAUUAUCAAAUUCAGGAUAUAGUUCUGAUCAUAAAAAUCCAAUGCAACGAUUAGCGCGUGAAACAGCGCAAGAAAAUAUGGACAGUAUUCGUAAAUCUCGUAAAUGGUGUUGGAAACCCAUGUGGGAGUCUAUAUCACCAAAGAAUUAAUUUAUACAUAUAUAUUGUAAGUAAUUAACAUUCAGUCUUAGUGAAUUUAUAAGUGGUUUUAUUCAUUAAAUUUUGAAUUUUCCAAUUAAAGAAAUGAAUCUCUUUAUGUUUACAGAAAAAUAAUGCUUUGUUUAAUAUUGAAUAUAAGUAAGUAGAACACAAUGAACAAUUAUNUAAACUAUUUUGUAUACUAUUUCGUAUAUUAAAUGCAGAAAUAUUAUUUCAAUCGUUUAGAAACAAAAAUCUUUUUUUUCAUUUUAUUGUUAUAUACGAUAAUUUUGUCUUAUUAUAUGAAUUUUUAUUUAGACACUUUACAUAUAACAGAUGAAUUAUUGGAAAAUAAUCAACAAAUAUAAACAUUUUUGUGAUAAAAAAAUGCUUUUUUUGUUAAUUAAAUUAAUCAAUUAUUUUUUAUGUAUUAUAAUUUUGUACUCUAAUUUAUUAUUAAUUAAGUAAUCAUUAUAAAAUUAAAUAUUAUAUAAACUUUUAUGACAAUAUUUUUUGUCAAAAAUGUUUUGUAUACUUAUGUAAAUAAUAAACAUAUAUGGCUGUACAUAUUUAUAUUCUUAUAAUGGGUAUAUGUUUCCUACCAAAAAUAUUUGUACUAAUAAAGAACCCCAUUUUAUGAAAUGUUGCAGAAUAGCAUAAAUAUAGAAUACUAUUUUAUAAAAAUAUUCUCGUAAUAAUUAAGAGAGAAAACAAUUUACCGAUCACCAUAAGGAGUUAUUCGUUUACCACAUAACAUAAUUAAAAGAGAAAACAAUUUACCGAUCAUCAUAAGGAGUUAUUCGUUUACCACCGAUGAAACGACUUGGUGUAAAAAUUACUAUUCCAUCUGUAUGUAACUUUUCAAGUAAUGGAUGAUUUGCAGGUGACCUUCUAUAAUGAGGUACAAAUACUUUUACAGUAUGACCCCUCUUCUGAAAAUACUCUACAACUAUCUUGAUUCCUUCCUCCGCAAAUAUUUUAUUAUUUCGAUACCUAAAAAAUGUUAAAUUUUUGCUAUACAUAUAAUUAUAAUAUGCAAAUAAAAUAUAUGAUCUCUUAAAAAUCAAAAUCAUCAUACGACAUGGCUAUAUUGUUGCCAUCAAUAACUAUUUCCCGCAACUUAUUAGGUAGCUGAUGUGUAGAUGAUCCUGUAGAUAACCGAGGAUAAGUUAAU